ACAAGUAGUAGUUUGAUUUUGCCAUUGCAUUAUGGCCUUCAACAACUACGAUCACAUUUUCACCACCUCAACCUUAUGCAUCAUCGUUAUUUUUUUGUAUCUCAUGUCAUGCUGUCAUUCGUGUGAUUCGGGAACAUGCCUGGAAAAAUCCCAUAGUAUGGUAUGUACUACUGGAAAUGAAGAAUGUUCAACACCAUUCGUGUGCAGGAGUGAUAAAAAUAAUAUUAACCGUUGCUUGUGUGCAGUAAACAACUAUUACACAUCAUCAACCACCAGUUGCACUUCAGAUCCCGCAAAGCCAGGAAAAGUUUAUAAUGUUAUACAACUACCAAAUACAACAACCAAUGGACCAUAUGAGUACAUGAUUUAUUUUGAAGCAUCAGAGGGCAAUGUGGCUAAUUAUACAUUUGGUGUUAAGAACUUAACUGGUUUAAUGACCAGCAGUACACCAUCUGUUGUAUCGUACGAAUUGACUCCAUUGAAAACCUACUCGUAUGAAAUAAUAGCUCAAAACAUCGUUGGAUACGUUAGCGAAAAAACAAUAGGAAGUUUUUCAACUCCUGCUGAGG